GUGCGCUGGGGCGGUGUCGCUGUUCCUGGUGCUGAAACGCCCCGGGCACGGAAGAGUGCGGCCUCCUGCCCUCCCGGUACGGCGCUGCGGCCGCUGCGGGAACUGCCCAGCGCUGAACGCGGAUGCGGCCCGGACCUCGGGGCUUAGCCCGGAGCCUGCCACAGCCAGCGGAGCCGGGACCCAGCUCCCGUGAGCGCCGACGCAGAGCGCUGGGACUGCGGAGCAGCGCGCUCCAAGCCGGGCAUGGACCUGCAGAGACCCGACUCCUACCAGGGGGGAGCUGGCCCUGUCUUCAAUGAGCACGUCCUGCAUAAGACCAUCCUGGUGGGCGACAGUGGCGUGGGGAAGACAUCUCUGCUGGUUCAGUUCGACCAGGGCAAGUUCAUCCCGGGCUCCUUCUCCGCCACCGUGGGCAUCGGAUUCACAGUGAUGCUUCUGGGAGACUCAGGCGUCGGCAAAACCUGUUUCCUGAUCCAAUUCAAAGACGGGGCCUUCCUGUCCGGGACCUUCAUAGCCACCGUCGGCAUUGACUUCAGGAACAAGGUGGUGACUGUGGACGGCAUGAGGGUGAAAUUGCAGAUCUGGGACACUGCGGGGCAGGAACGAUUCCGCAGCGUCACCCAUGCUUAUUAUAGAGAUGCCCAGGCCUUGCUCCUGCUCUACGACAUCACCAACAAAUCUUCCUUUGACAACAUCAGGGCCUGGCUCACUGAGAUCCAUGAGUGUGCCCAGAGGGACGUGGUGAUCAUGCUGCUAGGCAACAAGGCGGAUGUGAGCAGUGAAAGGGUGAUCCCUUCGGAGGAAGGAGAAACACUGGCCAGGGAAUAUGGAGUUCCCUUCUUGGAGACCAGCGCUAAGACGGGCAUGAAUGUGGAAUUAGCCUUUCUGGCCAUUGCCAAGGAGCUGAAAUACCGGGCAGGGCGGCAGGCUGAUGAGCCCAGGUUCCAGCUCCGAGACUAUGUGGAGUCCCAGAAGAAGCAUACCGGCUGCUGCUCCUUUGUGUGAAGCCAAAGGGGCAAAGAAGAUGCUCCAGAGGCCCAGGAGGAUGCCCCCAUCUCCCCCAGAUCUGGUUUACUUUGAGCUGUAGAGCCAAUGGGGAGAAAGUUGGGGAACCCAGUACAUAGCCCCCUCCCAUGAGGGAGCAUACCCCGGCUCCCAUUCUAGUUCCUAUAGCUUCCCUGCAUCCCAGGGGUGGGUAAAAUACUUAUAUUUUAUUUUAAUGGUACAUAAUUUAAUACCAAAAACAAAGGAAAAGGCACCAGGGUGCCCAGAAAACCACGAUAGGGACUUGGUGGUAUUUUUGCCUUCUAGGAUUUAGAGCUAGGACUUAAGAAGCUGGGCUUUCCUCCUAGCCCUGACAAGAGUGGCAUUGCUCCAGCUCAGCACAUGGGGACACGGAUGCACUCUGGGGGUGCAAGGGCACAUAGUGAGCCCAUCAGCACUCUCUUCAGCUGGAGAGAGACCAAGGAGCCCAAGCCUUCACUUCCUCCUGCUUCCCCAAUAAGGUGGGCCCUUAGCUGGGAGCUAGACAAAAGCCCCAAGGAAGAUGAGAGACAUGGAGAUUGGAAGGAGGAAAGUAGAGUAGCAGAGACCAGGGUAUGUCUGACAGGCUUCCUCUGGCCUUGCGAACACCCCUACGGGAGUGUGCCCCUUCUCCUCCAGCACACGAGCACAUUGGGGUACCUGGUUCCUGUUCUCUGAGCCUCAGUCCCACUGGAGCCCUUCCCCUCUGAAUCCCUGUCUUAGCUACCUUUCUUCCCAUGCCCUUAGACUCCUUGGAUCAGCAGUAGAAAAGGAUCUUUCUUCUUGUCCCAAUCUUUGGCAGGUGCACAGCAGCACAGGCAACUUCUCCAAACAGCAACAGUGCUUAGCUCUACUGGGUUAAGGGCUGAUGAAGAGAAAUCCCUGGCUCCUAAAGCAGGUGCAAGAGAACUGUGCAAGCCUCAGCCCUCACAUAUCCCCUUAAACUCAACCUCUGCCUCCUCUCUACCACCCAUGCCCUUUUCUUUAAGGUCUCUGACACCAGGCCCAGAACUGCUUUAUCUUCCCUCCUACUGAGUCAGGUUAGGGGUUGGGAGGCCAUCCAUUUCUGGGUAAAUUAAUGCAGUAUGGGUAAGUUUGGGGAGGGGAGAGGGGUAGCAAGACAUUCAUGUAGCCUCCUUGGUCAUGUCUCCCAGGGCCCUGACUCCAGCUAUUGGAAUUGGACAGGAUAUGUGUAGGUCAUGACCUAUAUGCACCUUCACUCCAGUUCUGCAGGCCAAGUGUGGGGGAGGCAGGAGGCAGAAGUAUGCAUUGCCCAUUUCUGAGGCAACUGCAUUUGCUUUCAAGGCAGAAAUCUUGCUUUCUGAGCAGAUAGCAGCUCCAACUUGGGCCUGAUAAGAAAGCUCUCCUUGGCCUUUCUUGUGAAGAGCAGGGAGGAGCCUGACCUUGCUAAGUCUCUUCUGGGGCCCAAGGCAGGUUGCAGGAGAUCCAAUCAAUAGAUAGCUCUGGGCCUCUAGCAUUUGUGUUUUUCAGAAUUAAAUUGCAGUAUUUUGGAAAG